AUGGCAGGAAGUGUGAUUUGUAUUAUAUUAAUCGGUUCUUCGAUUAACCUUUCUCAUAACGUUCUUGAAAAGUCAUCCAUGAAUAAUAUUAAGCCUUUCGCUGAGAGUAUUGUCGACAAGACCACGGGAAACAGUGCUCUGUCACGUCGUAUUGUUAACUGUAGUCAACUAUUACGUUAUCGAGUGUGGAAGAAAACGUUGAAAAUGUCGUCUAUAGAUGGUAGCACACACAUGGAGAAGACAGAAAAUAGCCCUAGGAAUGAGGUUGUUUCUCAAGCUACACUUGUUCAAAUGGAACAAAUUUCACCUGAUGUCAAAUCGCUAUUCUUUCGCGUACAUGACAAAAUGUUUACCUUUAGGCCUGGUCAAUGGAUAGAUAUGAUGAUACCAGAAAUUGAAGUUGUUGGAGGCUUCUCAUUAUGUUCUAGUCCUUUCUUAUUACAAAAAGAAAAUUUAAUUCAAUUAGCUGUGCAAUAUAGUACCCAUCCGCCAGCGUUAUGGAUUCAUACAAAGUGCAAGGUUGGCGAUGUAGUGAAAUUACGUUGCGGUGGGAAUUUUUACUUUGAUUUCCACAAAACUGAUAAAAAGAAGCAUUUGCUACUCAUCGCUGGAGGUGUGGGAAUUAACCCGAUAUGUUCAAUCGUGCGUGACCUUGCUGAACAUAUUAUUAGAAGUAGAUCAGACGAAUAUCGAGCAUUGUUGUUAUACAGCGGAAAAAGUAGAAAAAAUUUAUUAUUUAAGGAGGAAUUAAUGGAUAUUGCAAAAAAGGUGCCAUCAAUUAGUUGCAAAUUUUUCGCUACUAGAGAAACGUGUCAGGAACAAGAAGUACUAUCCCACAGGAUUGAUCCGUCUGUUCUCAGGGAGUCCGUCUUAAACCUGAAUAUAUCGAAGAUGCAAACAUACAUAUGCGGGCCACCACCUAUGAUUGAAUCAGUCGCUUCAAAUUUAUUGCAAAUUGGAUUAGCUGAAGAUGAUAUAAAAUAUGAAAAAUGGUGGUAA